GAUCUGAGGAGUCCUCCCGCGUAAAGCACACAACAUUCCUGUUCGCGGCCUAAGACUAGUCGAGUUUUGAGCAUUAAGCGGGUUAGACAUGUUACGAAGUGCGAAAUUAAGAGUGCGAUUUGUAGGCGACAUAGUUACGGUGCGAGUUCUCGAGAUAAGACACGAUAGUGGACCGCAAAGACAAUUAAGACUUUAAAGACAAUUGUCGGAUAAUUUGGACAGUGCGAGAAUGAAUAAAAGCGUGAGCGCGAGUGCACGGGAAAGACAUUAGAGGUCCAUCAGAGGUCUCAUCGUAGGAGAGCUUGAAUCCCAUGAGCCAUCCAACAAUUUCAGAACAUCCACCCGACUAGGUGAUCAGAGAGGCGAGAACAUUUUGAUCCUUCGAGCCAGGUAAUUGUGGGUGGUACUUGGAUAAUAGGGGACUCCCAUGUGGAAUCAAACUUGGACCGAUCGUUUGAAGCAAGAUCUGUUUGUAAAAUACGAUAAGUUCGCUCGACCGACGCAACAUUACAACACGACGGUGGUCAAAUUCGACAUUACUAUUCUUUAUGUCGAUGUGGAUGACUUCAAGUCUACUAUCACUGUUAACGGAUGGGCUUCCCAUUUGUGGGCAGACGAUAAACUCAAAUGGGAUCCUGCCAAAUACGGCAAUCUCGAACAUAUUCAUGUAGGGAACCACGAAGUAUGGCAACCGGACAUUCUAUUAUAUCACAGCGGGACCGCGGGUACGGUCGAGCAUUAUGGUGAUACAGCUUGCAUCAUAUACCAUGACGGUCGAGUUUUAUGGGUGCCGCCCGCGCAAUUUGUAGGACUUUGCGAGCUCAAUCUUCGUCUAUGGCCCUUCGAUACGCAGAUUUGUAAUAUGACAUUCGGUUCUUGGACGUAUCACGGCGAGCAAAUUGAUAUGCAAAUGGGCAGGUCAACCGAUAUGGAACCGAUGUACAUCAAAAAUGCGCAGUGGAAAUUAGUGAAUUUGAACAAAAAUCGCGAAUCAGUCUUGUACCCUUGUUGUCCGGAUCCAUACAUCACCUUAAAUUUUGAGAUGACCUUAAAGAGGAAUUCCGGGCUUUAUUGCAGUAUAUUAUUGAUGCCUGCUGCCGCCAUAGUUUUCCUGGUUCUGGUCACGUUUUGGCUACCACCUCAAAGUGAAAUGAAGAUCAAUAUUGCGGCUUGUACUAUAUUAAUCAUUGCCGUGUUUUUAGCCUACUUCGGCCUUAAAGUACCAUUAUCUGCAAAUCCUCCGCUCAUAGUUUAUUUCUAUAGUGGUUGCCUCUGUCUAGUAACAAUUUCGUUGGUAUUAUCAAUAUUGGUGAUUAACAUGUCAAAAAGAACAUAUUGCAGACCACUUCCACGAAAUAUCAGAUUAUGUCUAUUAAGUUGGCCUGGAAAACUGUUAGGACUUUCCGAGCUUAUAAAUGUGAUCGAAUCGCGACGGCCUAUGCCAGGACAAGAGUUGCGUGGUAAACUUACAGAGGAAUCCACAACCAAUUCGACGUCCAAUAUUUCAGACGACGGAGAUCGGCAGAAUAUAAUUUCGCCGACAAAGAACACCACGCAAUUGGAAUGGAUUCUCGCGGGCACGGCCGUUGAUCGUAUCGCCUUCGUACUGUUCUGCUUGAUCCUAGCAACAAUGGCAAUAGUGUGCAUAAGUUAGUUAGGAUAAAUGAAAGUUUUCUUAUAAGUCGCUUUAAUACAUCUCGAUAAUCUAAUAUAUACCCGGAAUAUAUGUGAACAAAUCAUAUGAA